ACUUUUUUCAGGCUAAAACCAAAUCUUUUUGUCCCCUAGUAGUUUUAUUUUGCAUUUGUGUUCAUAAGUGUGUUCUUUGGUUUAAAUGAGAAUGAAGUAGAUGGCCUAUCCCCAGUGGGAGGUCCCACUCCCUAUUCUUAUUAUUAGAGGAACUUUUUAAAAAUAAAUAUUGAAUGCUUGUAUGUUGGCUGCAACUGAAGUUCACUGCCCUGCCCUCCUCCCUCCCCUGACAGGCCUGCGUGGGGCAGGGCAGCCACUAUUCCAGCACUUGUGCAUGCAGGUGCUGCUCCUUGUUCCCUCCAAGCACUAGAGUGAUGGAAGCACCAGACAAAGGAGGCCGGCACAGCUGUUAGCAGACCCGUCAUGUUGUGGUUUCUCCAGUACCUCAGGGAUGGCCCCACUUUCACACCCUUAGUUGAGCCAACAACAGGUUGAAUCAUGUCAUGGAAAGAUUAAGAAUGAAACUAAACAGAAGAGAUAGUCGUGCAUAAAUUGUCCAUAGCAGUUCUGUUCACAUAAUUGGGAGAUGCCUGUUAUCUUGGGCUUAGUCUGUCAUAGGUUAAAUUCAAUCCAAAAUUGUGAUUUUUGAUAAGCAAGAGCUCAUGGUGAGCUGAAGGGAAAAGGCACCUCUAAUAGGAGCAAAAAGCUGCUGCCCCAAGAGUAAGGGAACAUGUGGGAUUUUUGGAACGUCUGCCCCUGAGGCUUUCUAGAUGAAGCUGUAGAGUUCCACCUCCUCCUUGCCAGCCCUGAAUCUGUGCAGCUCUGACCUCAUGGGUAGCUAGUGCACCUAACCCUGGAAGCUGACAGGCUCUGCUUUGAUCACACAUCUUUCUAUUCACAUGUUUUAUCUUCACAGACCAAACAUAACUUUUACUAAGUUAAAAUUAGCCUGUUAGUAUAAGUGAGCUAGAAGAAAAAGCCCCUGGGAAACUUCACAAUAUGUUUUUAGAAGGAAGAACAUCAUGGCUUUUCUUUUCCAUUAUUCCUGAUUACUGAGUGGUUAAUGACUACAUGUCUCCAACUAAACCAGUGAUCCUAGAUCGUGUGGAGGUAACUGAACACUUUCAGGGUCUGCCCAGGUCUUGGAUGGGGAUGGGAGUUGUUCUUGAUAAGCUUAGGAGGUGUUGGGCUAAGAAGAGAAGCUGUUCCCUACUGUAAGAGUAUCUUUUAAACAAGCGAAAAGCAUUUGUUUCAUUCUCAAUCAUGAAUUGCCUGAGUUUAAGUGAAGUUAAUUUGAGCACUGUGGGCCAGAGCAAGGUGUUCCAUUAAAAUUUGAUGGGGCAGUAGUAUGUGUUAAGCAUCUUAUUUUGGGUUGUUUGGUUGGAGUUAAUCCCAACCACCUCUGAUUUUAAUGGAACCACACCACCUGUUUAAAUGAAGUUUCCUACUAUAUAAGCCCCUGCCAGAUUACCUGAGGGAGACGUGCAGUAAGUUGCUGAACAGCUGUACUCCACUUAGUUUGUCAUCAAUAUUGACACACCCAACGACUUCAGUAGAAAACUGAGGAAACUCAGUCAGCUUUGGGGAACCUCUGAGGUCUGAGAUGAUGAGUUCAUGAAUAGAGAGGGUACUAGGCCCAGCGUGGAGGUGGCUACUUUAGUCCAGUGAUUCAGGGUGUGCAGUCUGGUGCUCAGCCCUUCCUCCCAAAGUGGGUUUCAUCAGCAGACUGUGGAUGGGGAGCUGUCUUCACUCCAUGUCCUUUAAUCACAGCUCAAAGAGGAGCUGUAUGGAUCUGCAAAACGCUUAGAAACUGCUUUCUUGAUACCCAUGCUAUUGAGAUGGGACAUUUGUUUUUGUAAAUCAUGCAGUGUAUUGGCUCAGCUUGCAAAUCUCUAGCAUAAUGUAGGGUGGGUUUCCUUGUAAACUUCUUUCAGUGAUGUGGACAUUAAGAUUCAUGUAAUAUAUUAGCUUACUAACUUAAACAUGGUUUGUUUUUUCAGACAACUUGAUUUUAAGAAGAACGGUACAGUGUAAGGUUUCAAGUCUGCCUGAUCCAGUUUAAAGCACAAGGGCUAAAAGGAUUUUUUUCCUUAAAAGAAGGAUCGGAAAAGAGCAAAUGUUUUAACUAUUGUAUUAUGUAAACAGAGAUCCCACCAAGAAAGUGUAAAUAAGAGUCAGGUAUCCAUGACAACUGGUGUGCCUGUUUUUCAGAGAACUUGAUGUACUGCAUACAGUUGAGUUAUGCAUUUGGUUGAGACAAAUAAUUUUUGCGUGGGGACUAUGAUUAUAAUGUGAAUUUUUCGACAUCUUGGUGUCUGCUGGCUGAAGUACAAGAAAAUACCAUCUUGAUUCAAAACAUCUAUCGUAAUCCCCAAAACAGUGCACAGACGGCUGACGGCUCACACUGUGCCGUGAGUGACGUGGAGAUGCAGGAGCACUAUGAUGAGUUCUUUGAGGAAGUCUUUACAGAGAUGGAGGAGAAGUACGGAGAAGUCGAGGAGAUGAAUGUCUGUGAUAACCUGGGAGACCACCUAGUAGGGAACGUGUACGUCAAGUUUCGCCGUGAGGAGGAUGCAGAGAAGGCUGUGAUUGAUCUGAAUAACCGUUGGUUUAAUGGGCAGCCAAUCCAUGCAGAGCUGUCCCCGGUGACUGACUUCAGGGAAGCCUGCUGCCGCCAGUAUGAAAUGGGAGAGUGCACUCGAGGCGGCUUCUGCAACUUCAUGCACCUGAAGCCCAUCUCCAGAGAGCUGAGGCGGGAGCUGUAUGGGCGCCGGCGCAAGAAGCAUAGAUCAAGGUCUCGGUCCCGGGAGCGGCGCUCUAGGUCCAGAGACCGUGGUCGCGGUGGUGGUGGCGGCGGAGGAGGCGGUGGGGGACGGGAGCGAGACAGGCGGCGGUCAAGAGAUCGGGAGAGAUCUGGGCGAUUCUGAGCCAUGUCGUUUUUACCGUAUGUCUGCUAGAAAGUGCUGUAGUUAUUGACCAAACCAGUUCAUAAUGGGAAUUUUUUUAAAAAACAACAAAAAAAAACAAAGAUGGGUUUCUGAAUAAAAUUUGUAGUGAUACAGUAUUCUUGGUGUAACUUAAUUCUUGUGGAAAGUCUUUAUUUUAAAUUUCCUUUAUAAGCCUGCUAGUCAUGCGUCCUUAAGGUAAAUAUUAAUAUUCAGCUAUCACUUUGGGUAUAAUUGAAAAUGUAUUUUUAAACUUAGACAUACAAAGUGAAGAAAGAUUCAUAAGGGAAAAGUCAGGUCUUUUUUCGUGCAUAAU